AUUGACGUCUCAGCUGGGUUGCCGAGUGCCGCCCCGGGAGGACACGAUCACGGGCGCGAACACCUCGCCUCUGUAGUCAUAUGAUCGUCGGUGGCUUCAUCACGUACACCCCACCUCAUAUCAACCACCUGCGAAGAAGGAUUUAAUUAUCGUAAGGAAAUUACAUCUAACGAGUUGUCUAUAGUAUUUAACAAGGAUUUGUCACAACAAUCAACAUGGCACCCAUUAACGAGCCAUUAGCUCAACAGAUGAACACAUAUCGUUCAUAUGUCACCAUGCUGGCUGAUCAAAAUUCAAAGGAUGAAUUGAAACUGAAGGCAGCUCAAGAAUUAUCAGAAAACUUUGAGAUCAUUAUGUGUUCAUCCCAAUAUCCGGCAUUUCUCGAUCACAUGAUGAAGAUCUUUCUCAAGAUAUUACAAGAGGGAGAACCACACUUUAUAUCGGAAUACAAUAUUCAACAAGUUAGAAAACUAAUUCUGGAAAUGAUACACCGAUUACCAAGCAACGAAUACUUGCGUCAGUAUGUCAAGCAAAUCCUGACUCUUAUAUUCAAAUUACUAGAGACAGAUAAUGAAGAAAACGUGCUGGUGUGUUUACGCAUCAUAAUCGAUCUUCAUAAGCAAUAUAAACCGACAUUUAAUCCAGAAAUUCAAUAUUUUCUUCAAUUUGUCAAAUCGGUAUAUAGCGAGUUACCAAAAAAUUUAUCAAAAAUAUUUGAGCCACGUCCUUCUCUACGUGUGAAAGAUCUGUCAGAAAUUAAUAUAGAAGCCCUGUUGAAGGAAACGUUCACGAUCACAGCGAUACAAAGCGAAAAGAAAGCUGCCGAUGGUACUGUCGUGACAUACAACUUGAUUCCGAAAGCAGUACUAUCUCUCAAGGUGCUUCAAGAAUUGCCGAUAAUUGUAGUACUAUUGAAUCAAUUAUACAAGCAGAAUGUACACCAGGACGUAUCCGAUUUUGUUCCAAUUGUGAUAACGACCAUAUCACUGCAACCCAGCCUCCAGCAUCGAACGUCUCCCGGAUUCAACAAGGAGGUUUUCGUUGAUUUUAUGGGCGCGCAAGUCAAAACGCUUUCGUUUCUUGCCUACGUCAUAAGAUUAUACCAAGAUUUAAUAUCGCAAAACAGCACGAUGUUGGUCAAAGGUAUACUAGGCUUAUUUACGCUCUGCCCGAUGGAAGUAGCACACUUACGCAAAGAACUUGUAAUCGCUUCCCGUCACAUACUUGCUACGGAUCUACGAAAUCAUUUUAUUCCUCAUAUGGAGAUCUUCUUUAACGAGGAUAUUUUCAUCGGCCACGGUUGGACCGCUCACGAGGCGCUGAGACCGCUAGCUUAUUCCACGCUCGCCGAUCUAGUGCAUCAUGUCAGGCUUCAAUUACCCCUCAGUGACGUGUCGAGAGCAGUGCACUUGUACGGCAAGAAUUUACUUGAUCAAACCUUACCCACAGCCGUUCAGAUGGUUUCUUGCAAGUUACUGAUGAACCUGGUGGAUACAGUUAGGCAGAGGUCCGAUGCCGAGAACAGCACGCAAGGGCGCGAGCUAUUGAUACGCAUACUGUUGGUUUUUGUUCUGAAAUUUAAAACCAUCGCCAAGAUCUAUAUUCCAAUUCUGCGAAAUAAAGCGAAACAGUUACGGCCCGCCGUGGCGGACACCACGACUGAGGAUACGAAGCCGUGUUUAGACGUGAAUGAAGAGAAGGAAACUACACCAAAAUCGAAGUUUGGUUUCCCGACCUCGCAAGCGAUGAGUUACAACGUGGCGGAUUACAGAAAUCUAGUGAAGAGUUUAGUACACGGUGCGAAGGCCAUCACGUCUAAUUGCAUCAACAGCCGAACCAGCGAAGUGACCCAAGCCAAUCAGCUUCAAGCGAAAGAGACUUUGAUUUAUAUACAACUUGUCAAAUGGGCUUUACCGGCUCUAGAUAUCUACACGAUUGGUCCACCAGCGAUAGGCGUUCCCGUGCAGCCAGGCAGACCGAUACAAUCUCAAACUAUACGGACGCGAGAAGAGAAGGAGGUGUUAGAUCUCUUCGGUAACGUGUUUACGCAAAUGAAUCCCCAAACGUUCCAAGAGAUCUUCUCCGUGUCUAUAGAUUACAUGGUCGAAAGGAUUUUCAAGAACUGCGCUUUGCAGAUAAUCGGAAGCUCAUUUUUGUCAAGUCACACGGUUUCUUCGACGUUCGCGACGAUAUUAGUGGAAUAUCUUCUGGAACGAAUGAGCGAGAUGGGCUCAAAUGUGGAACGGAGUAAUCUGUAUUUGAAAUUAUUCAAACUCGUCUUCGGCAGCGUGUCGCUCUUUCCCGCCGAAAAUGAGCACAUGCUGCGGCCACAUCUGAACCUAAUCGUAAAUCGUGCCAUGGAGCUGGCUAUGUCAGCGAAGGAACCGUACAACUAUUUUCUGCUGCUGCGUGCCUUAUUCCGGUCUAUCGGUGGUGGUUCGCAUGAUUUAUUGUACCAAGAAUUCUUACCGUUGCUUCCGAAUAUGCUAGAGGGACUGAACAGACUGCAAUCUGGCUUACACAGACAACACAUGAAAGAUCUCUUUGUCGAAUUAUGCUUAACUGUACCCGUACGUCUCAGUUCUCUUCUACCAUAUCUUCCGAUGUUAAUGGACCCCUUGGUAUCCGCUCUGAACGGAAGUUAUUGCUUGGUAAGUCAGGGUCUUCGCACGUUAGAAUUAUGCGUCGAUAACCUUCAGCCGGAUUUUUUAUAUGAACACAUACAACCGAUUCGUGCCGAACUUAUGCAAGCUCUCUGGAGAACACUGCACAAUUCUACCGAUCAAGCUCACGUAGCUUUCAGGGUGCUUGGAAAGUUUGGCGGCGGAAAUCGCAGAAUGAUGAUUGAGCCACAAAAACUGGAGUACAACGAUCGGGAAACCAAUUCUCCUAACGUCGUGGUUUUCUUCCAAGGAGUGUCCCAAUCGAUCGAUUUUCCGAUCGAAAAAGUGAUCGAAGCUGCAUUCAAUGCAUUAAAAUCUAACACGACGGAUGUAUUUUAUCGCAAGCAAUGUUGGGAGAUUAUACAUUGCUACUUGGCGGCGUCUUUAAAAAUGGACGACGCUACUUAUCUCUGGUAUGACCUGUUUACUCAUCGGAGUUUUAAAGAGGACGAGAUACCGCCUCAACAGGGACCGCACUACAGGUGUCCCGAUGCUGUGGCGCGAAACGUCCAACAAAUCGCGUUGACAAGCAUGUUCGUCGCCGCGGAGAUCAAAGAAUUGAGACCUUCGGUGCUCGCCACCGUCGUUGCCGUCGUGAGACAUUACACGAUGAUCGCCAUAGCGCAACAGGCCGGUCUCUUCAGUUGGACGGACCGGGAGGUACGCAAGGAUAUGCAAGGACAAGAUCCACUUGUGCUGAUCGAUGCUCUCGCCAUUAUAAUGGGUCACGACGAGAGGGAGCUGUAUAAAGCGGGAUACCUGGCGCUCGUACUGAUAUUAGAAACAGCAACGAAUAUUCUGGGUUCCAAGGAACGGGCCUGCCAAUUGCCUUUCAUGGAGUAUCUAGCGGAGAGAAUGUGCUCGCUGUGCUACGAGCGUGCCUGGUACGCCAAACUAGGUGGUUGCAUAGCAAUAAAAUUUUUAUUCGAACGAAUGGCUACCAAAUGGGUUCUCAAUCACUUGUUCGUCUUCCUGAAGGCUCUCAUAUUUGUGAUGAUGGACUUAACGGAUGAGGUGUCCAACGGCGCUAUUGACAUGGCAAAAGAGAAUCUAGAAAAGAUGCUGAGAGUCUGCGUGAAUCCUGGAAUUCAGGAGGACAACAUGGAAUUGAUAGAAGCGCAAAAUAAGAGCUUGUACGAAGUCACCCGCGAGCUGGUCAAGCAGGUGACGUCGCCGCACACGAUCGUGCGUGAACAGGCCAUGGCCUCGUUACGUCAGCUCGCCGAAAUACAGAACAAGUCGGUAACGGAAGUCAUGGAGCCGCAUAAGGAAGUCCUGGCGGAUAUGGUGCCGCCCAAGAAACAUCUUUUAAGGCAUCAGCCGACUAACGCACAAAUCGGCCUGAUGGACGGCAACACAUUCUGCACUACCUUGAACCCGCGUCUCUUCACCAUCGAUUUAAACAUUAUCGAGCACAAGGUGUUCUUCCAAGAGGUGAUGGGUCUCUGCGAAGCGGACGAGGCUAAUCUCAAUAAACUCGCUUGCUACAAAUCGAUUUCGAAUCUAAUGCCCCUGAGAAAAUCGGCAUUACGAGCGCUGGCGGCUUGCCACUACAUCGUAGGUUGGCGGGAGAAGAUACUCGGAGUUUUAUACAAAGCUUUAGAAAAACCCCAGGCUGAGCUGCAGGAGACGGCCUUUGAGUGCAUGAAAACAUUCAUCGCCGGCUUUCAACUCGACAUGGAAUCUGUUCACACAAUGAUGCGGCCUAUGUUACUGACGCUGGGCGAUCACAGAAAUCUGAGUCUGAAUUGCGUCAGAAGGCUGUCGUAUCUGACGCAGCUCUUCCCGAGCACUUUCAGCGUCACUCUAUGCGAACAAAUGCUGCAACACGUGAAGAAGUUUUUGGAGAACCUGAUUCAAUCUCACAAAGGUAUAUCGAAGUCUGGCGAGAACGAGCAGAAAAUCACCAUCAUUAUAGGAAUAUAUCACGAUAUCCCGGCAUCGCUGCCCAAGUUCAACGACGCGCUCUGCAGGCUCAUCCUGCAAACUGAAAAAUCGCUGCUAGUCGAGGUGUCCAGUCCCUUCAGGGAACCUCUGAUGAAGUGUCUUUUACGUUAUCCGACGGACGCGCUCAAUCUGUUUCUUCACGACACCAAUAUCAAGGAUCAACAGUGGAGCAGAUACCUGGAGUAUCUUAUUAGUCACAAGGACGGUAAGCCAUUCCGUGACAUCUUGCACAACAGCACAGCGCGACUUGUCACAAUGCUGCUCGCUCACUCGCAAACGAAUUCCAAUUUAACUCACGCGGAGAAGAGCGAAGUGCAGUAUCGGGCAAUCAAGAUCAUCAGUAUACUCAUCAAGUUCGACGAGCAAUGGUUAUCCACCCAGAGCCAGUUGGUAGGCGCAUUGAAGCAGAUCUGGUAUAACGACGAUUAUCAAACGUUGCACAAAAAGGUCGAGGGUGUUGAGUACUGCCACUGGAAGGAGCCGAAGCACAUCGUCAAGAUUCUCCUGCAUUAUUUCCGUCACCAACCGAACGAUAUCGAUCUGCUGUUUCAACUGCUUCGGGCCACGUGCGACCGGUUUGUGCCGGACUUUCAGUUCCUGCGAGAUUUUCUGGAGAACACAGUGGCGCAGGAAUACACGGUUGAAUGGAAGCGAAGUGCGUUCUUCCACUUCGUCGAACAUUUUCCCACGAACAACAUGUCACAGGAGCUGAAGGCCAACGUUCUGCAGCUAAUCAUAAUUCCGUGUUUCGCGGUGAGCUUCGAACGGGGCGAAGGUACGAAACUGGUCGGCGGCGCGCCGAUGCCUUAUCAAGACAAUCCGGAGAACGUUGUGUCAGUAUUUAUCGGCAAAAUAAUUGAUCCGGACAAUCCGUUCGGCUCCGCCGACUGCGUCCGCAUCUCUCUGUUGCAAUUCUCCUGUCUUCUAGUGGAGCAGGCGUCACAGCACAUUCACGAUGUUACGAACAAGAGGCAAGGAAAUAAGCUGCGUCGUCUCAUGACGUUUGCCUGGCCUUGUCUGCUAGGCAAGAAUUGCGUAGAUCCGACUACUAGAUAUCACGGUCAUCUUCUUCUCAGUCACAUAAUCGCUAAAUUUGCUAUUCACAAGCGUAUAGUGUUGCAGGUAUUCCAUAGCUUGCUUAAGGCGCAUGCCGUGGACGCGCGUAAUGUUGUUCGGCAAGCACUGGAAAUAUUGACCCCUGCGAUGCCUGUACGGAUGGAAGAUGGCAAUACUAUGCUGACACAUUGGACGAAGAAAAUUAUCGUAGAAGAGGGUCACUCUAUGCAACAGUUAUCUCAUAUCUUACAACUAGUUGUGAGACACUACAAAGUUUACUAUCCGGUCAGGCAUCAUCUGGUUCAGCAUAUAGUAAACUCGAUUCAACGUAUAGGAUGCACUCCAACCGCUACCAUAGAACAUCGGCGGCUAGCUGUUGAGUUGGCGGAAGUUAUCGUAAAGUGGGAGCUGUAUAGAAUUAAGGAAGAAGCCGAAAGCACAGAAUCCAGCAGGACGACCGUUCAGAGUUUAACUAUUAAGCGCAUGAUUAUCGACGAUGCAUCUGGUAAACGCAUGAGCACGCAGGCAGGGCCGUCCGGUAACAGCCCCGUGCCUCUUAUUCUACCUAGAAUGGAGCCGGGAUCGGCGAAACCGAUUGAGAGAGCUCACGCGGAUGCCGUCCUGAAUUUCCUGCUGCGCCUGGCGUGUCAGGUGAACGACGUAACGACCAUUCACGGUAAUCCGGGCGAGCAGUUAUCCAGACGCUGCGUCGCUCUGCUGAAAAUGGCCCUGAAACCGGAUGUGUGGGUCGCUGAACAAUGCGAUUUAAAGUUAGCUUGGCUCGACAAAGUCCUCGCUAGUGUGGACAGCACCCAGCCCAACUUUGGUAACAUCAGCACGGCACUGGAAGUGCUAACGUUUUUGCUGGGCGUGAUGAAGCGCGAGCAGAUACUCGUAAGCUUUAAACCACUUCAACGUGGAAUAGGUGCUUGCAUCGCCAGUAGCAACACUAAAAUUAUACGUCUGGUACACGGCCUUCUUUCGCGAUUGAUGACGAUCUUCCCGGCCGAACAGGCCUCCCCGAAUGUAGCGCCUAAGUACGAGGAAUUGGACACGUUGUACACGACUGUGAACAGAUUUAUAGCCGAAGGUCUGGCCACUUAUGAAAAGACUACCACGGCUACGCCGAGCUCGCUUUUUGGCACGCUCAUGAUGCUUAAAGCAGCCUGCACGAAUAAUCCCAGUUAUAUCGAUCGAUUAAUAACUCCAUUUAUGAGAGUAUUGCAUAAAAUGGCCAAGGAACAUUUGCAUUCCACGCAGACCGAAGCGAAUCCUGUCACGAGCGAAUUGUUGAUACUUAGUUUGGAUCUAGUGAAGAAUCGCGUGGCGGUAAUGGGUGUCGAUAUGCGCAAAUCAUUCAUCGGUACUAUUUUGGUCGGCCUAAUCGAGAAGACGCAAGAUGUCAAGGUGAUGAAAGCCAUCACGAAGAUACUGGAGGAAUGGAUGAAGAACAAAACUACCAUCGCGAUGAAUCAGACGCCCAGUUUGCGCGAGAAAUCCAUUCUGCUGGUGAAGAUGAUGCAGUACGUCGAGAAACGCUUCCCCGAUGAUCUGGAGUUGAACAGGCAAUUCUUGGAGCUGGUGAAUUACGUUUACCGCGACGAGAGUCUGAAGCUGACGGAACUGACGUGUAAAUUGGAACAGGCUUUCCUAGCCGGUCUACGUUGUGUACAGCCGCAAGUGAGGGCGAAGUUCUUCGAGGUCUUCGACAGCUCGAUGAAGAAGCGUUUGGUCGAUCGUAUUUUGUACAUCGUCGUCAGUCAGAACUGGGAGAACAUAGGAGCUCAUUAUUGGAUAAAGCAGUGUAUCGCGUUGCUGCUGGCCACCGUCAGUCCGACCACUUCGAUACAAAUGACCAAUGAAGAUCUCCUGCUGCCCAGCAUCACGUCUAUCAUGCAGGGAGGCAUGGAAAAGGAGAGCAAGGAUCAAACUCAGUUUAUCUGUCGUAUCGAUUGCCAUGACGAGAAACCGCAGGUUUCCGAAAUAACGGAAGGAGACUCGAAGGAGACGUUCCUCGAGAUGGACGCUUGGAUGUCCAAUCUGACAGAUUCCACGAGCGCCACCGCCACCGAGGAGAUCACCGAGAAGCCCAGCCUGACGCAGAUGAUCAACAAGCAGAUACAGUUCAUGGAGAACGCGAAGAAGAUCAAAACGGAGCAGCUGCUACUGGCGACCGCACAGCUGUGCCACAUGGACACGGGGCUGGCGGAGCGCGUCUGGUUGGACAUGUUUCCGCGAGUAUGGUCCGUCUUAGAGGAGCCUCAUCUCAAUUCCAUAAGUGCGGAGAUACCGCCGUUCGUCGCCAGUGGCGCGCACGUUAUUCAGAAGGACUGCCAUCCGAGCGCGCUCGGCACCUUCCUGGAGUCGCUGGCGCACUGCAAUCCACCGGUGGCCAUACCACCGCCCGUGAUGAAGUACCUAGGCAAAUCGCACAACGUCUGGCACCGAAUAACGCUAAGUCUGGAGCAGAUGGGCGCCGAGAUGGCGGCGGACGGUCACGGCGGUAAUACGAAGAUUAAAAGCGAGCCCGACUUGUAUCGCCCGCCCGACGAGGGCGAGCAGGUCGAGUGCGUCACCCCUUAUUACGAGGUGAUGCACAUGCUCUCGGAGAUGUACUCGUCGCUCUGCGAGGAGGACAUGUGGUCGGGCCUGUGGCAGAAGAGGCCAGCGCAUUACAAGGACACGUUGAACGCGAUCGCGUUGGAGCAGCAAGGAUUCUUCGAGCAGGCGCAAGGGACGUACGAGAUAUGCAUGUCCAAGUUCCGGCAGGAUUAUCCAACUGGCCCGGCGCCCUACCACCUCAAUGUGGAAAUGCUUCUUUGGGAGAAGCAUUGGGAGCGCACUUUGAAAGAGCAGAAUCAGUGGGAGAUUCUAAUGGAACUGGGCGGCCACAGCAAUUACAAAAAUCCCUUCCUCGUCUUGGACAGCGCAUGGCGUCUUUCGAAUUGGCCGGUGAUGAAGGAGAUUCUCACACAGCUGGAACACAAUUGCCCACGGGAAAUGGUCUGGAAGAUAAAUCUCUAUCGUGGGUUCGUAACGUUGUGCAAUAACGAGGAUCAGCAGCAUCUUAGUACUGUUGAGCGUUACGUAGAACUCGCGUCUGGUCUUUGUAUGCGUGAGUGGCGUAGACUACCUCACAUCGUUAGCCAUGUCCAUCAGCCGCUGCUACAAGCGGCCCAACAGAUAAUGGAGCUUCAAGAGGCGAUGCAAAUUCAUCAAGGACUGCUACAUUGUAGGAGCAAUUCGCUACACGAUAUGAAGGCCAUCGUGAAGACUUGGCGAAAUCGGUUACCCGUUAUAGCCGACGACCUCAGCCACUGGUCGGAUAUCUUCACCUGGAGGCAGCAUCACUAUACCUUCAUCUCCAGUCACUACGAUUCUCAACAGGAGCAAGGGGUCAAUCACUCGUUGCUCGGCGUUCAUGCGUCUAUGCAAGCGAUCAUUCAUUUCGGCAAAAUCGCGAGAAAACAGAACAUGUGCAGUGUGUGCUUGGAUUCUUUGGCCAAGAUUUAUACAAUACCCACAAGUGUGCCUAUGGUUGAUUGUUUCCAAAAAAUCAGGCAGCAAGUAAAGUGCUUUUUGCAAAUGGCUACUAUGGGAGGACAGAACGAGUUGCAGGAAGGUUUAGAAGUAUUGGACUCUACGAAUAUGGGUUAUUUUACGAAAGAAAUGAUUGCCGAGUUUUACGCAUUGAAGGGCAUGCUUCAGGCCCAGUUAGGACGGUCGGACGAUGCAAAUAAGAGCUUCUCCGCUGCGACGCAAUUACACGAUACCUUGGUGAAGGCUUGGUCUCUAUGGGGUGAUUACCUGGAAAAUAUUUUCACACGCGACGCUCGCCAAAUCAGCAUCGGCAUAAACGCCCUUGUAUGCUUCUUGCACGCCUGCAGGCAUCAAAAUGAAUCAAAAUCCAGGAAAUACAUAGCAAAAAUUCUAUGGUUGCUCACGUAUGACGACGACAAGUCGUCGCUCAUGGAGACUGUGGACAAAUAUGCCGUAGGUGUGCCAGCCAUCCAGUGGUUGCCCUGGGUACCGCAGUUGCUGAUGUACCUAGUGCGCCACGAGGGCAAUGUAAUUCUGAAUUUGCUGAGUCAAGUCGGAAGGAUGUUCCCACAAGCAGUUUAUUUCUCUAUCCGUACUCUGUACUUAACGUUAAAAAUUGAACAGAGAGAGCGAUACAAGAGCAAUGAAUUAGCUGCUGGUAAGAGUCAAGAUGGUGUCGAAGAUCGGGGCUCUACCGCGACGGGUAACGUACCCCCACAGCAGGGAAUACCGGAAACCAGCCACACAGUACGUGCUACGGCGCCUAUGUGGAGAUGCUCAAAGAUCAUGCAUAUGCAGAGAGACAUCCAUCCAACUGUUUUGUCCAGUUUGGAGGGCAUAGUCGAUCAGAUGGUGUGGUUCCGAGAGACAUGGUAUGAGGAGGUUCUUAGACAACUGCGACAGGGACUUGCGAAGUGCUAUGCUAUAGCAUACGAGAACCGUGGCGCAGUUAGUGAAGCUACAAUAACCCCGCAUACAUUAAAUUUUGUGAAAAAACUCGUGUCAACAUUUGGUAUUGGCAUUGAAAACAUAUCGCCUUCGCAAAAUAUGAGCAGUUCGUUUAGUUCGGCGGCAUCAGAAUCCUUGGCCAGAAGAGCUCAAGCUACCCACCAGGAUCCUGUUUUUCAUAAAAUGAAGAACCAAUUCGCAAGUGAUUUCGACUUUACAGUGUCUGGCGCUAGACUGCUGCACAAUCUCAUUAGCAAGUUGAAGAAGUGGAUAAAGAUACUCGAAGAAAAAACGAAACAAUUGCCAAAGUCUUUCUUAAUUGAGGAGAAAUGCCGCUUUUUGAGUAACUUCAGCUUGAAAACCGCAGAAGUCGAACUACCCGGUGAAUUUCUGAUACCUAGGCACUCGCAUUAUUCCGUGAAGAUAGCGAGAUUUGUGCCGCGUGUCGAGGUGGUUCAACGACACAACACGGCCGCCAGGAGAUUACGUAUCCGCGGUCACAACGGUCGUCUCUAUCCGUAUUUAGUAGUCAACGACGCCGGUCUGGGAGAUGCCAGACGUGAGGAGCGCCUGCUACAACUGCUGCGCAUGCUGAACCACUACUUGACUAAGCAGAAGGAAACGUCGCGACGCUUCUUGCACUUUACGGUGCCACGUCUCGUUGCGGUUUCGCCACAGAUGAGACUCGUGGAGGACAACCCGGCAGCGAUUUCUCUCCUGGACAUUUACAAGCAGGGCUGCGCCAAGCUGGGAAUGGAGCACGACGCACCUAUCGCCAGAUAUUACGAGAAAUUGGCCGCCGUGCAAGCGCGAGGCACGCAAGCGAGUCAUCAGGUAUUGCGGGAUAUUCUGAAGGAGGUGCAGACCACAAUGGUCUCCAAAACCAUGCUCAAAGAUUGGGCGAUGAAGACAUUUCCCGGCGCCACCGAUUAUUGGACGUUCAGAAAAAUGUUCACUCUACAACUGUCUCUAACAUGUUUUGCCGAAUAUGUGCUUCAUCUUACACGACUUAAUCCCGACAUGAUGUACGUGCAUCAGGAUUCUGGUCUAAUCAACAUCGCGUACUUCAAAUUUGACAUUGACGAUACCUCCGGAGAGUUGGACGCGAAUAGACCGGUACCCUUCCGCCUGACGCCCAAUAUCUUCGAGUUUCUCACGACUAUAGGAGUUUGCGGACCGUUGACUGCUAGCGCGAUCGCCACAGCACGCUGUUUGGUUCAACCCACGUUUCAACUGAACGCCAUACUCCGCGCGAUUUUACGGGACGAAGUGAUCGCGGAUCACAAACGGCAGGAGGACGCCGAGGGCGCAUCGCAAGCGCCGACCGAUCCGAAGGGCGAACUCUUGAUAACGAUGGUGACUCGCGCGGUCAACGCGAUCGUCAAUAGAUUGAAUUCCUUGGCGAAUUUCGAUGGUAUUGACAGUAAGGUCAGCACAUUGGUAGCCGCUGCCAAUAGCCAUGACAAUCUCUGCAGAAUGGAUCCCUCGUGGCACCCGUGGCUGUAAGAUGCGAUUCUCAGAAAGCUGUUGGAAUAUGGAAAAUGAAAAUAAGUAAUUGAUAAAAAGUAUUUACAAUCUAUACAUAAUAUAAUAAUAUAAUUA